AUGGAAUCUUACUCUACCCUCCUCAAGCGUGAAGACGCUUGUGACUCCGGUAAUGAGUUCGACGGCCGCAUGGGCCUGCGGAUCUCCUCUAUCUUCGUGAUCAUGGUUGGCUCCAUGUUUGGUGCUCUACUCCCUGUCUUUGCCCGCCGCUACACUAAGAAUGGUGGAUUUCCUAAAUGGGCAUUUUUUGUCGCCAAGUACUUCGGAUCUGGUGUGAUCAUUGCCACUGCCUUUAUCCAUCUCUUAGCCCCCGCAGAAGAGGCUCUAACCAAUGAGUGCUUGACCGGUCCAAUCACCGAAUACAGCUGGGUUGAGGGCAUCAUCCUAAUGACCAUUGUUGUUCUUUUCUUCGUGGAGCUGAUGGUGAUGCGUUUCUCUCGCUUUGGCCAAGGCCAUGUACACGACGAGGAAGGCCACACCCAUACUCAACUCGAUGACUCCUCUGUUGUCAAUGAAGCCACUGAACCCAAGCAUCACAUGCCGGGAGAAGAUCAUCUUGGUCAUACCCGUGAACAUCACGACAACACCAGCGACUCUGAAAAUGAGGUGCUGGGGAUUGAGGAUUACGCCGCUCAGCUCACUUCGAUCUUCAUCCUAGAGUUCGGUCUCAUCUUCCACUCUAUCUUCAUCGGUCUCACCCUUGCGGUCUCUGGCUCCGAAUUCACUACGCUCUACAUUGUGCUUGUCUUCCAUCAGACCUUUGAAGGGCUCGGUCUUGGUUCUCGUCUGGCUACGAUUCCUUGGCCCAAAUCAAAGCGCAACACUCCCUACUUCCUGGGAUUUGCCUUUGGACUAUCAACUCCGAUUGCCAUCGCUAUCGGCUUGGGUGUUCGAAACAGCUACCCGCCCACUGGACGAACCACACUCAUCGUCAACGGCGUCUUCGACUCUAUCUCUGCUGGCAUCCUUAUCUACACUGCCCUUGUUGAGCUGAUGGCCCAUGAGUUCAUGUUCAGCCAUUCCAUGCGCAAUGCUCCCAUCCGCGAUGUGUUGCUUGCUUUCUUCCUUCUUUGCGCUGGAGCUGCCCUCAUGGCUUUGCUGGGCAAAUGGGCGUAA